GUCCCCAGAAAGGAAAGUGGAAGGCCUGGGGCGACGGGGGGAUGGGCGUGAGGUGGGGGUUGGGUGGUAAGGUGGAAGGCUGAGCCGGCAGAGGAAUCGGGAAGCUGCAGCGCCCAGAGGCAGGUGCCAGCUGAGAGUGGGCGGAGGUGCGGGCGCAGGGCCAGGCGGGAGGAGGCCCCGCGUUACCUCUGCUUCUAGGAGAAGCGGAGCGCAGACAAGAUCGCCCCGGGGCGCCCCAGCCUCGCCAAAUUCCCACUCCCGCUGGCCUUGCCUGCAGGGGACGCGGGCGUCCCCGCCGCCCGCAGAGGGAGCCGCGGCCAGCAACAGCAUCCUAGGGAGAGAAGCCCCAGGCUUCGCACUGGCCAGCUCGCCGCGCUCCUCCUGGCCGUCACCCCCGCCCCGCCGCCGGUCCGCCAGCUGGAGCAGCCCGCGCGCGCCCCAGGACCCUUCACCUGCCGCAGCCGGGCAAAGGGGCAAGAAGUGGGCGCCCAGAAGACCCUCAUCCCCAAGUCUGCACUCGGCGAGGAAAAGCGGCGCCCGCUAACACCCAGGAGCCCCCGCAGCUGUCUGCACCGGGUCCCCAAGUUCACAGGCUACACCCUUGAAAGGGAGGGGUGCUAACCCACGCGCUGAGCACUGCAGCCCCAUCGGCUGCCCGAGCCGGACCAAGGGACUCCAGGCACCGCCUCUGCCUGCGCCCCGGGCGCCCUCCCGGGUCCCCAGAGCCGCCCUCCUCCCCGGGGGCUCUCCUCGGCCCGCGCGCCCCGCCGGCCCGCGCCCCGGCGGGGCCAUGCCCGGUCUGCGCCGGGACCGCUUGCUGACCCUGCUGCUGCUGGGCGCGCUCUUCUCCGCCGACCUCUACUUCCACCUUUGGCCCCAAGUGCAGCGGCAGCUGCGGCCCCGGGAGCGCGCGCAGGGCUGCCAGUGCUCGGACCGCGCCUCCGCCCCGGGCCAGCACGCGAACGCGGCCCCCUCGGUCCCCGGCAAGGGAGCGCACAACUUUUCCCGAGCGGGGUCCCCCCGGGCUGAGCUGGACGGCGGCGGCCGCAGUCGCUCGCGGUCCAAACUGAAGGCCCUCUUCGCCCAUCCGCUGUACAACGUCCCGGAGGAGCCUCCUCUCCUCGGGCCCGAAGACUUGCUCCUGGCCAGCCAGGAGGCGCUGCGGUAUUACCGGAGGAAGGUGGCCCGCUGGAACAGACGGCACAAGAUCUACAGAGAACAGCUGAACCUCACCUCCCUGGAACCCCCACUGCAACUCCAAUUUGAUGCCAGCUGGGUCCAGUUUCACCUGGGAAUUAGUCGCCAGGGCCUGUACUCCCGGUCCAGUCCCAUCGUCAAUAAGCUCCUCCAUGACAUGAGGCACUUGCCCUCCAUCAGUGCUGAUUACAGUCAGGAUGAGAAAGCCUUGCUGGGAGCAUGUGACUGUACCCAGAUUGUGAAGCCCAGUGGGGUCCACCUGAAGCUGGUGUUGAGGUUCUCAGACUUUGGGAAGGCCAUGUUCAAACCCAUGAGACAGCAGCGAGACGAGGAGACGCCCGCAGAUUUCUUCUAUUUCAUUGACUUUCAGAGACACAAUGCUGAGAUCGCAGCCUUCCAUCUGGACAGGAUUCUUGACUUCCGACGGGUGCCACCAACAGUGGGAAGGCUUGUGAAUGUCACUAAGGAAAUCCUAGAGGUUACCAAGAAUGAAAUCUUGCAGAGUGUUUUCUUUGUAUCUCCAGCCAGCAACGUGUGCUUCUUUGCCAAGUGUCCGUAUAUGUGCAAGACCGAAUACGCUGUCUGUGGUAACCCACAUCUGCUGGAGGGCUCCCUCUCUGCCUUCCUGCCCUCUCUCAAUCUGGCCCCCAGGCUGUCUGUGCCCAGCCCCUGGAUCCGCUCCUACUCACUGGCAGGAAAAGAGGAGUGGGAGAUCAAUCCCUUUUACUGUGACACAGUGAAACAGAUCUACCCAUACAACAGCGGCAAUCGGCUCCUCAACAUCAUUGACAUGGCCAUCUUCGACUUCUUGAUAGGAAACAUGGACCGCCACCAUUAUGAGAUGUUUACCAAAUUCGGGGACGAUGGCUUCCUUAUUCACCUUGACAAUGCCAGGGGGUUUGGACGACAUUCCCAUGAUGAAAUCUCCAUCCUCGCCCCCCUCUCACAGUGCUGCAUGAUAAAAAAGAAAACGCUUUUGCACCUGCAGCUUCUGGCCCACGCUGACUACAGACUCAGUGAUGUGAUGCGGGAGUCACUGCUAGAAGACCAGCUCAGCCCUGUCCUCACAGAACCGCACCUCCUGGCCCUGGACCGAAGGCUCCAAAUCAUCCUCAAGACAGUGCAAGGCUGCAUAGAGGUCCAUGGAGCGCACAGCGUCAUAGCUGAUGGCCCAGUACAACAAUUAGCCCUAAACUCAGGCCAAGCGAACCUGAUAAGCUAAGCACAGGAAGAGUCCGAUUUUACAAGAGAGGCCUGGAGCCAAGGGUAGACUCCAGAGUAUAGACCAGCACUCCCUCACUUCCACUUUACAGUCCCAGAGGCUGCAUCACUAGCUCAGGAAGGAAGGAAGCAGGCUGUGUUUGGCAACAAAUAGGAUCCACUCAGUUUGAUUUUUACCCCCUGGUUUAAAGAUCACUGCUCCUAUAGUGAAUUGCCAUGGCUCCGUUUUUGCAGAAAGCACUGCUUCCAUCAAGGUUUACAGACUACCUUCUGGGAAACUGGAUAUGGUUCAGGCUUGGAAGAUCUGGAAGGCCUGUUUCCAGGAGUUUAACAAUCAAAUAAAAAGAUACCAAGUGAG